UCCUGAUGAGAGGGAGAAACAGGGAAUGGUGGGUUUUGUCGCAGAGUUGAUCGCGAGGCACUUCGGUACACGCUCACACCGAUUGUUACAGGUCGGAGAAGUUUGUUUCAUUUGGUACACAAUUCCCAUUUGGAUGCGAUAGUUUCAGUCUCCCAUCAUGCAGGCCAGCGACAGAUUUAACAUCAACAGUCAGCUCGAGCACUUACAGGCCAAGUAUGUCGGCACAGGUCACGCCGAUGUCAAUCGCUUCGAGUGGGCCGUGAACAUUCAGAGGGACAGUUAUGCCUCCUAUAUCGGGCAUGCACCACUGUUGGCCUUCUUUGCAGUUGCUGAAAAUGAAUCCAUUGGACGAGUGCGCUACAAUUUUAUGCAGAGAAUGCUGUUGCCUUGCGGCAAGCCACCGGACAGGGAUCAGGAAGAUUGAGACUGGAUGGUUCUCCACUCAUGUUAGCCAGCAAGUGUUUUUCCAUGCUUCCACGAUAGUGCUUACGAACUUUGCAUUAUGUAUCUGAGCAGUCCUUAAAACAUCUAAAUUGUAACAUCAUGCUGUAUUUUCUCAAGCUGAAUUUGUUGGUGUA